AUGUUUGACUGUGCAUCAGAACUUGGUCUGUUAUCUCUUCCUUUACCAGCAGCAAUAAUUGAUCGAUUGACAAUUGAAGAAGAGCUGCUUACUUUAAUCGGACAAUAUGGUGUUAAUCAAAGAGGUGGUAUUGAAUUAUGUGAUGGCAACAGCGCUUCGAAUACUGAUAAAACUGGUAAAUUUUCUCAUCUUUUAUCCUGCAGGAUUUUCUUAACGUCUCUUUUGCUAUUGAGUGAAUUCCAGUUUCUCUCCUGUGGGAAACAUUGCAUAGGUCACCUUUUUUCACUGACUCUGUUUUUAAUGACUGUCAAGAAUAGGACAUACAUUUUCGAUAAAACAUGCUUGAAAAGCUCACAAUCUUCAAAUCAAAAGUGCCAAUUCUGACUGGUACCUCGUCCCUGAACCAGUAAACGUUGAUUACUUUGACUAACGAGGGAACCUCCCGAGGUGUCCAUCUCGGAUUUUUUUCAUUCAUAUGCCAAUCGAUAGGUCACACUCUCUAAAAAAAAUCCGUAACUUACUAAACGAAUAUCGGUUUUGGCAUUUGCUCCUAAUAGAAACCGAUAUCCG